UCUUCAUUAUGAAUGUUUUACCUGAAUGUGAAGCAUUUGCUCCAACGACAGCGGAUCAGUUCACUGACAGAUAUUAAAUUCCAGAGAUGGGGUGGACCUUCUGUAUCGUCUUCUUUCUGUUUGUGUUGGCGUGUGGGAGCUGGCCACUGCCCGACCCUGAGCCCCUGAUGCACGGUGAGGUCCAGUCUCCCCAGUAUCCGCAGCCCUACCCUCCCAACCUGCAGGAGCAGUGGGACCUCAGUGUGCCCGAAGGCUACCGGAUCCGAAUUACCUUCACACACAUGGACAUUGAAGCUUCUGCAGGCUGCUACUACGACUCCCUCACAGUUCUCUAUGAUGGAAAGGUGAUGGGAAAGUUUUGUGGCUCUGAGAACUCAGCUGAUGGGCACCAUCCCGGCAACCAGCCCAUCUUGUCUCCAGGCAACAGACUCACCCUCAUCUUCCAGACAGAUAACAACAACCCAGAGCGCCACCAGAACGUGGGCUUCUAUGCCCAUUACCAGGCGUUAGACAUAGAUGAGUGUUCUGCUACUGGAGAUGCCUCAGGUCCACUCUGCACUCAGAUCUGCCUAAACACACUCGGGUCUUACAUCUGCUCCUGUCACCAUGGCUACGAACUUCGCUCAGACCAGCGCAGCUGCAUGUUGACCUGUGCUGGUGAUACUUUUGAUGAGCCAGAGGGAUUUCUUCACAGUCCAGGAUAUCCCAACUCCCCACCUCACGCCAUGUCCUGUCAGUACAUCAUUUCUGUCGAACUUGGCUUCACUGUGUCUCUCAACUUCUCUGAAAACUUCCACAUAGAGAGCGUUGACACACAGCAAGGCCUGAGCUGUCUCCAUCACUGGUUGCAGGUGACCAUUCCAAACAGAGAUCACAUAAAGCUGUGUGGUGCGAAGAGUCCAGGUCUGAUGGUCACAAACUCCAACACUGUCCAGCUGGACUACCACACAGACGACGAAGGCCUGAGCAACGGCUGGAGCCUGGACUACAGCACACACAGGGUGCAGUGUCCAAUUCCUGAUAACGUGGCCGAAGGCAGAGUCACGCCAAUCUUGACCGAAUAUUUCUACAGAGACUACAUCUUUGUGCGCUGUGCCCAAGGAUACAAGCUGAUGAUGGGGGGUCAGGAGAUGGAGAGCUUCUCUACCAUGUGCCAAAGCAAUGGACAGUGGCACCUUCCUCUGCCUGAAUGUCACAUAUUUGAUUGUGGAGAACCUGAACCUCUGCUGAAUGGUGGAGUGACCUUCCUCUCUGGCUUCCAGAACCAGUACCGUUCUGUUGUUCAGUACCACUGUAAUGAACCGUUUUACUCGCUCCUUGGGGCCGUGAAUGUUAGCUUCACCUGUGAAUCAGACAGAAAGUGGAGAUCCAACAAUGAUGUUGUUGUCAGACCAACAUGCUUACCAGUUUGUGGCAAGCCAACACAAAUCCUCUCUGAGUAUCAGAGGAUCAUUGGAGGCAACAAUGCUCCAGAAAAUACCAUCCCCUGGCAAGUGCUACUGAGUGUAGGUGGAGACAGAGGGGGAGGCAUGGUGAUCGCAGACCGCUGGAUUAUGACCGCAGCUCAUGUCGUAGCAAAAAAUGGGAUCCCUGCAUUAAACGACACUAUUCGGGUUUUUAUGGGACUUACUUAUGUUCGGACCUUGAUGGUUUCUCCUGUUCGUGUUGUCUCAGUCCAUAUUCACCCUGAUUACAACAACCCCCAAAACGUAGACUACAACAAUGACAUUGCCUUAAUCAAACUGCAAGACCCGAUCACAUUCAAGUCAUCAGUAAUGCCCAUAUGUUUACCAGCGCAGGAUGCCACAUAUGUCACUGGCACGAUGGGAUUGGUGUCAGGUUUUGGCGUUACAGUAACCGACGGCAAACGGUUUUUAAAAAAUCAGCUGAACUACGUGAGCGUGCCUGUGGUGGACCAGGAGUCAUGUACUGAAUCAAUUACAUUGGCUAAGCAGAAACCGAACAACAACGUACCAAGCCUGACAAACAACAUGUUUUGUGCUGGAGACCCUCUGGGAGGGAAGGACUCCUGCCAAGGUGACAGUGGAGGCCCCUACGCCCUGAUGGACCAUGGACGGUUUUGGGCUGCAGGGAUUGUCAGCUGGGGGGAGGGCUGCGGAGUGAAGGGAUCAUAUGGAGUCUACACCAGAGUCACUAACUACCUGGACUGGAUCACGAAGACCAUGCAGGAGAACUGAGAUUUUCGAUGUUACUCAUGAUGAGAAAACCACAACAUCUCAAAUUAAACAAAUGUUGUUCUAAAUAAAAAACUAAUGAAGAAAA